AUGCAACAGCUAAUUCAUCUUGCCGCUUACAUACAAUCGGCGCUAUUGGCUUACUUGUCAAUGUCUUUCUUGGAUGUACAGGCUCUGGAAAUGAGACCGCUCGAGCGGUUCUUCUAUGCCUAUGGCGACUUCCUUGCCCGUCAUCCUUGGCCUUUUGUGAUCGUACCAGCCCUGCUCACCAUCAUCUCAUCUUAUGGAAUGCUAUCAUUCCAUUCACAGGACGACAUAUGGGACAUGUACGCGCCGUUGGAUGGCUUAGCGCGUCUCGAAGAACAAGCGCUGAAGCCGUUCGAGUACGCCUCUGGAUCGCACCACUACAGGAUGCAAAUAUUGGUCACACGAAAAGAUGGCGGAAACAUAUUGACCAUGGAUGGCCUUGAUGAGAUCUAUGAAGUGCAAAAGUACAUCUCCGAGAACGUGACCGCCUCGGAUGGUAUCCAGGAACUUCACUACAGCGACAUGUGCGGCGUUUAUUGCGACGACAGCAACGCUGCCGUUAUCGCGGUCUUACAGACUGCAAUCUCCUCUGAUGAUGAUGGACUAUCUUCUGUGAGACUGACCUACCCAAAUGCGGAAGCUUUCCAGGUCGACACUACACUGCCGAAUGGAAAGAAAAUUGCCGCAAAUUACGAGCAGAAAUUACUCCGUGUAUUUGCCACUUUGACUGAGAGCUCAGCAAACUUCGCUUAUUCAAUGUUGAGCAGAAAUAGAGAGAUCGCAGAGCAAAGGGCCAUCACAAUCGUUGCUCUACCAUUCCUCGGCCUCACUGCUUUGGUCUUGAUCGGAUUCAUGUUCAUCACACUUAUCGAAUUUCCACUCUACAGAAGUCAAUUCAUGGAGUCAGUGAUUGGUAUGAUUUCGCCGGCAAUGGCUCUGUGGACUAGCGGCGGUUUUCUAUUCUGGAUCGGAUUCCCCUUCUCGAACAUUCUUACCGUCGUUCCGUUCCUUGUGGAAAGGCGCUUCUUUGGAACAACGAAUGGCCGAAUCAAUCUCAAUUUCCGGCGCUUCUGUGACCGUGACCUCUGUCACAGAUGUUUACUGUUGCCUUUUGCUAUCGGUCUAUUUGCCAACCAUGCCUGUGGUAGCGGUUGUUCUGCCUGUGUUCAACUUUACGUAGCUACUGUGGUCAUGGAUUGUUGUCUACAGUUGACGUUUUUCUCCGCUAUGAUGAGCUUCAUCGUUCGUCGACAGAUCAAUCAUGACGAGAAAGCCAGAGAUCGAAAAAUUCAGGACGGAAACCCGUCGAUCACUUCAAUAGACGACCAUAUGAAAGCGAAGCUGGGCGAGACCGAUGGUGUUUUCGAUCUCAUGCUCCCCUCGUUCACAUCACCAGUUCGAGAGAUUAAGCCCAAAAAGAGUCGUCUUGAGGUCUUCGUCGAUUUUCUUCAGACAAAAACCGCUAAGGCAUUAGUGAUGUUCAUCUUCUUCGCUCACGUUGGGGUAAGCACUUACCUGGCCACUGAGGUAAGCACCGACUUCAACAUGGAGAAUCUCUACCUCGAAGGAUCGCCUCUGACAGAAAUUUCGCGACAAAUGCAGGACUUCGUUCUGCAGCGAAUCCUUCGUGCGUGGAGCUUCGCCGUCAGACCGAUGCCCGACUUCUCUGAUGAAAACAUUCGCGAACGAUUCAACGAAAUGGUCGAGAAACUCGAAACUCUACCGAAAUACGGCUGGGGACCUGAAGCGACCGUAUUUUGGCUCAGAGAUUACAAUAGAACGAUUCAAUUUUGGGAGGAGGAAGAAGAUUUCUGGUCACCGGAAAUUCUUCUGCGUGAUCUCCUUGCCAGCUACCCGUCCUUCCACGUGCUUUCCCAUCAUCCGUUCGAAAAAGUGCCGAAGAACUUCCUCCAGACUGCUGUGUCAGCAGUGAUCUUGAUGUCCAUACUGGUGCUCCUGUUCGUGAUGAACUGGGAAGCGAUCAUCUCUGUGGUCGUAUCGAUUGUGUCGAUUUGCCUAGGCAUCGUCGCGUAUCUACACUUAUGGGGAGUCUGUCUGGAUGCUGUGUCAUUGAUCAGUAUUCUGAUGUCAGUUGGAUUCUCAGUUGACUACUCAGCCCAUGUCUGUUACCACUACUUCGCUCACGCUGCUGAGGACGAUCACCAUAAGGACGAAGCGGAUUCGGUCGAAUCUGGUAGCAGCGGCAGUAGUCAAUCAAUCAAUAAACCGUUGAGAAAAUCAGCAAAAGAUCGAUCGUCGAAGCGAUUGCUUGCCACAUUCCAUGGAGUCGGUUGGCCUGUGGUGCAGAGUGGCUUGAGCACGAUAAUC